CUGCCGACGGUACCCUUUGUGGUAGGCCGGAUGUCGAUCGCCACGGCAGCCAGGUAAACAUUGUGACAUCAUAGCAGCGCGACACAGUGUAGCCUGCUCAAUAAAAGCAAUGUAAAAGUUGAAUGCGACACAUUUAGCUAUCAUGGAAGUCGUCCAGCAACAGUUCCUGGCCCUUAUUCUUUUCACAUGGCAGUUAGUCAAAUUCCGAAUGCAAGCUUUGUUUGACGAAAGUUUGGAGGCUGAAAGGACAAGGACAAGGACAAGAGCCGCCAAAAAAAAUAAGAAAUUCUUUGCGCUGAUGCAGGAUGCAACCGAUAAAAGCCGCCAAUUGACCAGACAAAGGCGACGAUGCAUACGGAUGCUUCAGCAGUUGCACAUUCACAGACGCAGGCCAACAGUUUGGUCUUUCAGCCGAGCCAGUACCUGGUGGGAAUCGAUUGUCCCAGAAUUCACCAACAGACAGUGGGUGGAUAACUUCCGGAUGUCAGAAGAAACAUUCAUGUACCUCUGCAACAAGAUGCGUCAAGCGCUGAAGAGGCAGGACACAAACUUUCGCCUGUGUGUCCCCCUGAAGAAAAUGGUUGCCAUCGCACUGUGGAAGCUGGCAACCAACGGUGAAUACAGGAGCAUUGGCCAUCUUUUCGGUGUGAGCACAACGACUGUUUGUCGAUGUGUGCAACAGUUCUGCAAUGCUGCCUGCAAGCUGUUGGCUCCAGAAAUGAUCUGUUUUCCUGACCAGGAGAAACUCCAAGAAAUGGCAGCCUACAUUGAACAGAAGUGGGGCCUUCCGCAGUGUGUUGGUUCCAUUGAUGGUUCACACAUACCCAUUAUAGCCCCACAGGAGUGCCAUGGUGACUAUUUCAAUAGAAAAGGCUGGCAUUCCAUCAUCCUUCAAGGUGUUGUGGAUGGAAAAGGACUGUUUUGGAGCGUGUGUGCAGGACUGCCUGGGAGUAUGCAUGACGCUCAGGUUUUGAGAACGUCCACAAUGUGGGAAUUAGUGGAGCGUGGAAGCCUUUUCCCAGCCUGUACCAGGAACAUUGCCGGGGUAAAUGUGGGACAUUAUAUUCUAGGGGACUCGGCCUAUCCGUUGCAGAACUGGCUCCUCAAAGCAUUCCCUGACACCGGCCGGUUGAGUGCAGAACAACAUUUAUACAAUAAAAGAGUCUGCAGGGCACGUGUUGUGGUGGAGAAUGCAUUUGGAAGACUUAAGGGGAGGUGGCGUUGCCUUCUGAAAAGGAAUGACAGCAGCAUCGAACUGGCCAAAACGAUGAUUGUGGCUUGCUGUGCCCUCCACAACCUUUGUGAGAAACAUGCUGAGGACAACCAGACGGAACUGGACAUGCCUGCAGCUGUGGCAGGAGAGCCUAUGGUGCCACUUGCACAGGGGGCAGAAGAGGAGGGUAGGGAAGUCAGAGAGGGUGUGAUGCGCCACUUGAACAUUCAAACAUGAAUGCAGAUUUAACUUGACCAGUUUGCAGUUUUGUACAUGUAUAUAUUUUACAAAUAAAAACCUUUUGCUUAAAUCUGCCUCUUCUUCAAAUUAAGUAGCGAUUUUACAGCACUGAACCAAUUAUUGUCCUAUAUAAUACGCCAGGCAUCAGGUUACUUUAUUUGUACCCGUAUGUAAACUUGUGUUGCAGUUUAAAAGUGGGCUUCCGUCACACAGGACAACACAUACACACAAACACAAAUGGGACAUACAUUUAUAAAUUGAUCUAAAAGAUCAACUAAAUAAAUAACGCAUACAAAAUUAAUGCUGUGCAAAUCAAGCAGUUUCUACAGCUUGUUCUUCAGGGUGAUUGCAGCUGGAACAAAGCUGUUAUUAAAACGCUUGGUUUUAAACCUUGGGACUAAAAACCUUUUUCCAGAAAGGAGUAGCUGAAACUCGUGCAAAGGGUGCAAACGGUCAUUUAAAAUGGAGUCGGUUAUCCGCUGUACCUGUCUAGUGUACAGGGAGGCCGUGUUAGGCUGAGAUUCACCAAUUAGUUUACUGGACCAUUUCACCACCUGAUUAAGAGUGCCUGUUCUUGAUAGACUUCCAAACCAUGAAACCAAAGAAAAGGAUACAAUCGAUUCGAUAAAAGCAAGGUCAUUAUGGUUUUAUCCACCUGGAAAAAGAACAGUUUCCUCACAGUGGAGACACUGGUGUCCCUUUUAACACAGCAAU